AAAUGGACUCUAUAUCGUCAACAAUAAAAGAAGAAUUUUUUACCUGUCCAAUCUGCUACGAUAUUUACAAGGAUCCAAAAGUUUUACCAUGCUUGCACUCAUUUUGCAAAACCUGCAUUAAUAACUUCAUAUCGAAACGAAAUACCAAAACGAUACAUCCUUGUCCAGUGUGCAGAGAAAUCUUUGAACUCCAGAACCUUGACUCAGAUGAAUUAAAAACAAAUUUUUGUUUGAAAAAUCUUAUAGAAGUCAUUACUUCUGGCAAGCAGAAUGUUUCAAAAUUCUGUACCUUUUGCAGUCUAAAAGGCGAAAGCAAUGAGGCGACUUCACAAUGUCUAACCUGCAAAGACUAUCUUUGUUCUGAAUGUGCAGAUCAUCGACACAGAUCAACUACACUUACAAUAAAUCAUAAAGUUGUUUUGCUUACCGAAGUAAUUUCUGGAAAAUACAACGAUGAGAUUCGAUCAAAGCAACAAAUCCCUUGCUCUGAGCAUGCCGACGAAGAUUUGAGGUACUUUUGCGAAACAUGUGAUGUUCCUAUUUGUCGAGACUGCAUUGUCCUGAGUCAUCAAAGCCAUAAAUUCAUUGCACCAUCGGAUGCAAGAAAGGAAGCUGAUAUAAGCAUAAGCUUGCUCAUGAGUGCAUUGAAAGAAAAUUUAGAACGAUUCCAACUUGCAAAGAAAAAUGUAUCACAAGCUUUGGAUAAAGUGCUUGUCGAAAAGCAACGCUUCAAGCACAACUUAGAAAAGCACGUGAAUGAAAUUAUUGAAAAUAUUAAGGAAUCAAAAUUGGCAACUGAAAAUGAUUUAGAAGAAUUUCUGAAAUCGAAGCAAGAUUCUUUGCGAGUACAAGAGGAAUCUAUUGAGAGAAUUAGUAAGCAGUUGGAGGAGUCGUACUCCUUUUGCAAGAAUAUUCUCAAAUGUGGAUCAGACAUCGAGAUUCUUACAAUGAAAACCGAAAUGAAUGAACGCCUGUCAAAGUUAAAAUCUUUCAAAAGUGAAGAAAGUUGUGCUGUUGAUGAGAUCGAGCUACCAACCCUUGAAAUCGAUACAGAUGGAAAAAUAUUCCGAUUACUUUUUCAUAAAAGAGAAGAAAACGAAAGAAAUUUAGGUAUGAAGAGUUUGAAUUCAGAACAGGAAGUCAGUGGUGUUAGUGAUAAACAAGAUAAGGUGCUCAAAAGCUGUACAAAUUUCCAAACUAUGAUAGAGUGCAAAGAAAAGGGAGAUAACUUUAAUCCGUUUUAUACUGGGGUCUCAUGGAUGGACAAAGAGAAGAUUAUAGUUGCCGACCAAAAAAACCAAAAGGUGAAAAUAAUGAAUAUACAAACAAAACAUAUUCAGUCUAUCGUUUUACUUGGUUGCAAAGUAGUUUGUGGUUUUCGGGAUGGAGUUGCUUGCAAAACAGAGGGAGGAAAGUUAGUGGUGAUGAAUAAAGAUUUGAAGAUAGAGAGAGAAUUUCAGUGGAUUUCUACACUCCUAACUUGUCAUCCAAUUUCGCCACAAUUAAGCUGGAUGUCUGAUGCGGAUAAAAUUUGUGUGUAUGAAAAGGGAGGGGUUCAAGAAUUUACAAUCAAUGACAGAGGUAGACCAGUGAAAAUAGGCAAUCCAAUGUUUGGUCAUGUGCUACUAAAUGGAAUGUACAUUAUAUCAGAUUGGGCAAAUGAUUGCGUAUUUAUUGUAAGGAAGUCAGGAUAUAUAGAAAGAAGGAAAUACUGUAACCCUGGUUCUAUUUCAUCAGAUCUUGACAACAACAUAUACGUUUGUGACUAUCAAAAUAGCCGCAUUGUGAUGUUCACAACUGCUGGAGUGACGUUAGGAACGUAUAUCUCACAAAUCCCUAAUCCUAGAAGUAUUGCCUUAAAACAUGACCGUAGGAUGUUAAUUUCAAAUGGUCAGUCUAUCAUUCUCGAUGAAUUGAAAUUAGAAAAAUAAUGCACUUGGGCAAAAAUGUUACAAUAGUCAUAGAAAAAAUAAGGUAUUAGGCAUAAAUAUCACAGUGAACUGCCCGAUGUGAUAUGUUAACUAUGUGAAGGGCGGAUAUAUAAUACGUCUA